CCUGCUUUCUCACAGUUCUGCCCCAGCUACACCCCCUGGCUCUUUUCCAAGCGUCGCACCCAGCUACUCCUCCCCUAGCUCUGCCUUCUCCCAAGCCACCUCCCCCCGAUUUGCCUAGCCCUGCCCCUUCCUCUCCCCAUUCCCACCCCCCAGCAUUUUGCCCUUCCCCUCCCUUUUUCCCCAGAGUCUCCAGGGGCCAGUCCAGCCCUGGUCAUCUUGGGAGUCUCAGUGUCCGGUGAAGAAGCAGAGACAAGUGGAAGAGUGUUUCUUCCUCAGGCCACUAAGCAGGCCACGUGAGGCCCACGAAUCUCUGGGGAGAUGAAGUUCUGCUGCCUUUCCUUCCGGCAGCCUUACGCAGGUUUUGUCUUAAAUGGGGUCAAGACUCUGGAGACUCGUUGGCGUCCUUUGCUGAGCAGCCACCGGCACUGUACCAUCGCCAUCCACAUUGCUCACAGGGACUGGGAAGAUGCCGUCUGGAGGGAACUGCUGCUGCAGAGGCUGGGGAGGAACCCUGCUCAGAUUCAGGCCUUGCUUCAGGAAGGGGAGAAGUAUGGCCGUGGAGUGAUAGCUGGGCUUGUUGACAUUGGGGAAACUUUGCAGUGCCCGGAAAACUUAGCCCCCGAUGAGCUUGUGGAACUGGAAAAUCAAGCUGUACUGACCAACCUGAAGCAGAAGUACCUGACUGCACUUUCAAACCCCAGGUGGUUACUGGAGCCCAUACCCAGGAGAGGUGGAAAGGAUAUCUUCCAGGUGGACAUCCCAGAGCACUUAAUCCCCGUGGGGCAGGAGGACUCCUCACAGGAAGGCUACCGAGAAACCAGCUGACUCAUGACCAUCAACACACCACCCUGCCGCAGACACAUAAAUCAGGCUUAAUCUGAAUUGGCACCACAGUGGAGAGCGCUACCCACCACCUGCUGUUCACGUAAACAGCCUUCUGCAUUCAGAUGCACCAGGCUUUCCUCAGGGGAUGCCUCCCUGGACUUAUGGACAGUCUCAAG